CGAACAAGUAAAGCAAGCUUUUCUUGGAUUUGGAUAAAGCGUUAGCAAAGAAGUAAAGUUAAAAUGGCGACGGUCGGAAGAAACAUAGCAGCACCAUUGUUGUUCUUGAAUCUGAUCAUGUACCUUAUCGUGCUUGGUUUUGCUAGUUGGUGUCUCAACAGAUACAUCAACGGCCAAACUAAUCACCCAAGCUUUGGAGGCAAUGGAGCAACACCCUUCUUCUUGACGUUUUCGAUCUUAGCAGCCGUUAUAGGCAUAGCGUCGAAGCUGGCAGGAGCUAACCAUAUCAGGUUCUGGAGGAAUGAUAGUCUUGCAGCCGCAGGCUCCUCCUCUAUAGUUGCAUGGGCUGUCACCGCUCUUGCCAUGGGGUUGGCAUGCAAGCAAAUAAACAUAGGAGGAUGGAGAGGGUGGAGGUUGAGGAUUAUUGAAGCCUUCAUCAUAAUCCUAACGUUCACGCAGUUGCUUUACGUCUUGUUGAUCCAUGCUGGUGUAUUCAGCAGCAAGUACGGUCCUGGGUAUAGAGAUCGUGACUACGCUACAGGUCAAGGUCAUGGUCACGUGCCAGGCACUCAUGCAGGCGAGCACAAAGCUGGUGUUGGAACCACCACUAUGGCCGUUUAGAAUCGCGUUCUAGUGCUUUUGUAAUCUUAUAAAUUUGAAUAAUAAACGAUAAAGAUGUAGGUU